AUGGCUACUGAUCAAUUAAAGUCAUUGAAUGGCGUCACCAAUGGGUCGACUCCUCAUGCUCCUGGCGCCACAGGACCGAAGAUCAAAAGUGUAGAAUAUUUCCGAGUCAAGCCCAGGUGGCUGUUCGUCAAGAUUACAGAUGACCAUGGCAACUAUGGCUGGGGAGAAGCCACUCUUGAAGGACAUACCAAAGCGGUAGAGGGGGCGUUGGACGAGAUAAUUGAGCGUAUCAUCGGAUACGAAGCGGAUGAUAUCGAACAUAUUUGGCAGACAGUAUGGCGGUUAGGAUUCUAUCGCGGAGGGCCAGUCUUCAUGUCUGCUCUCUCGGGGAUUGAUAUUGCCCUUUGGGAUCUUAAAGGACGAAAACUAAAGGUCCCGGUCUAUCAACUUCUUGGUGGAAAAGUUCGCAACAAGGUCCAAGUCUAUGCCUGGAUCGGUGGUGACAGACCUUCAGAUAUCGAAACUGCCGCCAAAGCUCGUAUUGCACAAGGAUUGAAGUGUAUCAAGAUGAAUGCCACUGAGGAUGUCAACUGGCUGGACUCGCCGUCUGUACUUGACUCAACUGUCGAGCGACUGAAGAUUGUGAAGUCGCUGGGUCUAGAUGCUGGUCUGGAUUUCCACGGACGCCUGCAUAAACCUAUGGCCAAACAACUCGCCAAAGCCCUGGAGCCGUAUCGUCCGCUCUUCAUCGAAGAACCCCUCCUUGCGGAACACCCAGAAGCAUACAAACAGCUGAGCGACAGCACAACCAUCCCAAUUGCCCAGGGUGAACGGCUGUACACUCGUUGGGACAUUAAGCGAUUCCUGGAAGAUGCUUCUAUCGACAUUCUCCAGCCCGACAUUGCGCACGCCGGAGGUAUUUCCGAAACGAAGCGGAUUGCCAAUAUGGCUGAAGCCUACGAUGUGGCUAUUGCACCACAUUGUCCCCUCGGGCCCAUCGCGCUGGCGGCAAGUAUGCAAAUCGCCUUGAACAUUCCCAACUUUGUGAUCCAGGAAAUGUCGUUGGGAAUGCACUACAACGUCGAAGCUGGAGAAGAGGAUCUGAAUACAUAUCUCGUGGAUCAAAGUGUCUUCGCGAUCGAUAACGGAUAUGUCAAAGCGCUUACAGGGCCGGGCUUGGGUAUCGAGAUCGACGAGGAGGUUGUCAGACGGAUUUCCAAGACGACAGAGCCGUGGCAGUGUAAAGAAUUUUAUGGCGAAGACGGCAGUAUCAGGGAAUGGACUGCGGUCAUCACAGGUGGCACAAGAGGCAUUGGUGCAGCCAUGGCCAUUGCAUUGGCGGAAGCAGGCUCGGACAUCAUUUUGGUUCAGAGGGACACGAGCAACACAAAGACCAAAGCCUCCAUCGAGGCACUUUCUCGCAAAGCGACCAUCUACACAGCGGAUCUAAGCUCACAGGACGAAGUGUCUGGUCUAUCGAAAAGGAUUCUCGACGACGGCCAUGAUGUAUCAAUCUUGGUUACUUGUGCCGGGAUCCAACGACGACAUCCAUCCCACGAAUUCCCCCUCAGCGACUGGAGCGAAGUACUCCAAGUGAACCUUACCACCGUCUUCACGCUCUGCCGAGAUUUCGGUGCUUACAUGCUCAAGCGACCGGGCCCCCACCGUGGCUCAAUCAUCAACGUUGCCAGCCUUGUGUCCUUCCAGGGCGGGCUGACCGUUCCUGCGUACGCGAGUGCAAAGGGUGGGGUUGCCCAGUUGACCAAGGCACUGAGCAACGAGUGGGCCAGUCAGGGAAUCAACGUCAACGCUAUCGCGCCGGGGUAUAUUCAGACGGACAUGAACGAGGCUCUGAUCAAGAAUGAGACCCGUGCCAGGCAGAUCCUCGAGAGAAUUCCCAUGGGGAGGUGGGGUGACCCCGAGGAUUUCAAGGGCCCCGUCGUUUGGUUGGCGAGCAGGGCUAGUGCGUAUGUGAGUGGGGAGAUUGUUACUGUUGAUGGGGGUUGGAUGGGGAGGUGA